AAGUAGCUAAGCAAUAAGGCACGUUUUCUUGACUUAUUUAAUAACUUUUUAAUAAUAACAUAAUAUGUGAUGAUAUUAAAUGUAAAAUAAACUCAUAAAGUUUAGUUUUCCAUCACCAAAAUGUCUACAGCAGGUAAAUGGGUUAAAUUUUUCACAAAUGCAGGCAUUCCAUCUCAAGUUUCAGCAAGUUACGCCUUGUUAUUUGAUGAAAAUAGAAUACAAACAGAUAUGUUAAUUGAUUUGAAUAAAGAUUAUUUACGAGAAAUGGGUAUCACAAGAAUGGGAGAUAUAAUAGCUAUAUUAAGACAUGCUAAAAGCGUUCACGAGCAAGCAGAACGAGACAGAAUCCUUGGUUCACAAGUAAGAGUACCAGUAGCAGCUGUGGCUUCUUUACCUAAAAAAGAAACUGGGAAAACAGUACCACUCGGCGUGAAUAUAUUACUCAAUGAGACACGAAAAAGGACUAUGCCGACGUCUCAAGUAGACACUCCUGAUGUCUCACCAGUGAAAAAGCCGGCACGAAGAGUUUUACCAGAGCACGAAGGAGGUUAUACAGUUAAACUGCCGCAAGGCAUUACUCAAAGGAGCAAGGAAAUACUUGAGAAGAAAGCCAUGUUAUCCAAGCAAGUUGCAGUCAAGCCAAAACCAUCUAUCUUUAGAAGACUAGAUGUGGAUUCCAACUCGAGACAAGCCAGUAUUGAAUCUAAUCCAUCAACUACAUCAUCGGCUUCUGUGUUCAAUCGACUUGGUAGACUAGAAGAUGAGCCCCCCAAACCCAAAACAAGAACAAUUAUUACUACCCAAUCAACCAGCAUAAAAACCGUGAAGACCACAAAACAACCUGUACGUUUAAUUAAAACUCUUCCCAAGUCAAUGAUUGCAGAUCAACCAAAAGUAUCGACAAAAGAAAGAAUAAUUUUACCUAACAAGAAGGCAGCAGUUUCUUUUAGCGAUGAUGUCUUAGUUAAGACUAUUAAGCCUAAAGGGAUUAUGAAGAAGACUGGUAAUACUGAUAUUGUAAAUAAACAGUAUAAAAAUAAUAUAAAAGCAAGGUUAGGUUUAAAUGCUAAACGAUCAGAUGCAAAUAAAUCUUUUGUUCGAACUAAAACUACAAUAGGUACAAGUAUAAAACCUAAAUUUACACAAGGUAAAUUAUUCUCAGAUAGGCAGAGUUUUAGUAAAAAAGGAGUCUUUAAUAGGCUGGGCUGAUCUGAGUUUGUUUGAUAUUGGAUAACUUUUAUGUUUGACUUAGGUGUAAUAUAUUUAGCCCCACGCUUGUAAAAACAUUUGGAUAUAUAAUGUUAGACUAAUAAAUCUGAAUUUG